AGCAGCAGCAGCAGCAGCAGCAGCAGCAGCAGGAAGAAGAGCCAUCAUCUGCCAUUGUCGCCGCGCUUAGUAUAUGUCCUGCAUGCCGCACCGCUCUUAUUCGCCCACUCACCCUCCCUUGUGGCUACACCAUCUGCCAAAACUGCGACCCUACCACUACGCUGAAUGCAACAACUGCUAUCGCAGCAACACCGCAACAGCAGAAACCAUGCGUUGCUCCCGACUGUCAGAGAGUACACACAACACAUACCCGCACCAAUGUCACCAUUGAUCAGAUUCAACAUGCCAUGCGUUCACUCGAUCAACAAAAACAGCAAAUCACCAAAGACGUGUUGAGGGUUCACCUCGUGCGCCUGCUCGAAUGUCCUAUCUGCUGUUCCUGCUUCUACAACCCUGCCACAGCGCCAUGUGGCCAUACAUUUUGUCAGUCGUGUCUUGUCAGAUCACUCGACCAUAUGCCUUCCUGUCCUAUAUGUCGCCAGUCUAUCAGCUGGACACCGCCACCAACACCAUUGCUAUGCCAUUUGGUGCAGGCGUUAUUUCCGCAACAGCGUCAAGAUGAACUGCUGCAAGACAGUGGCGCUCAUGUUGAUGACGAUAAAAGAGUCCCGAUAUUGAUCGGUUCAUUAGCAUUCCCACACGUCCGAUGUGUGAUACAUAUUUUUGAACCACGCUACAGGCUGAUGCUUCGUCGAGUAAUGGAAUCUCGCCGACGCCGAUUCGCCAUGUGUCUAGCCGUACGAAGACAACAGCAGCCAGGGGCAUCUUCAUUAGCAGCAGCAGCAGCAGCAGCACCUCCUACAGCCGCGAUAUCAAUGCCAUUCUAUGAAUAUGGAACCAUGUUGGAGCUGACACAUGUCCAAACAUUAGAGGAUGGCCGAUCGGUAGUACAAGCAGUCGGAUCGCAUCGGUUUCGUGUGGUGAAUCACAGUAUGGUGGACGGAUACCACGUCGGCGAAUUGGAGCGUGUUGACGAUAUUGAUGGAGAACAAGAACAGGCCCUAGAGCGUGAGGCGAUUAUGCGAGCCUGUGCACAGCGCGCUACCCUAGAGCAGCGACAAAGGCAGCAGCAGCAGCAGCAGACUACAACAAGUAGUGCAGCAACCCGGCUCCACCAAAAUCACAAUCGCCCAGACAGUAAUUUUAUUAACAGCAACACAAACAACCUCGAUCGAUCGUCAUCACAAUAUCACCCACCAAGACCCCGAUCGAGCAUGCCCGGGGGUGCUAUCCUUCCGCAACAGCAGCAACGGUCAUGGGCCGCUCGGGCACAUCCGCAAACACGGAUGGCACGAUCGCCUUGGUUGAUGCAGAUGCAUCUUCACGGGCUCUCACCUGCCCAAAAAAAACCAUCGCCGCUGGCGAAUCCAACCACAACGGCCGCGGCGGCGCCGCAAGCAUUAUUUCAAACUCCCACCGCUGCUUCUGUUAGACCGCCAACACCAUCAUCAUCAUCUGGCCCACAACCGCCAUCAUCGCCCUUUAACGUAACGAUGGGGCCAAGUUCGACGAGACACGAAGAAACAACGACGGACGAUCUGAUCCAGCAACUUGCGUCGUUUAUCAAACUGUUGCGAGACUCCCCAGCAGCACAAGGUCAAGGGAGUGGCAGUGAUCGUUUUGCCCAAUUACUACGUGCAUUUGGUGAUCCACCGGCUAUCCAUGGUCCGCGACAAAACCGAGCCAUUUUCAUUUGGUGGGCAGCUAAUAUGAUGCCAUUAAACCAAGAGGAAAAGGCCAAGCUGUUAUCCGUACGCAUGCUUCGUGAACGCGUCCUGAUGCUCGUCAAAUGGGUCGAUCGAUUUAAAGAUCAGUGGUCAUUCUGGUUACAGUGUAAUAAUAAUAAUAACAACAACAACAGCAACGCUUCAUCAUCUUCAUCAAGUCAUCUGCAGCAGCAAUACCCACGCGGUGGUGCAGAUGGUGCCUGUCAAAUCUCUUAGCCAUCAUCAUCAUCAUCAUCAUCA